AUGGAGCGCUUCUUGGGCUUCGUCAAGCAGAUAAGAAGAUCGAGAAGAAGAAAAGGCAAAAAGUACCGGCCAGAGGAGGAUUACCAUGAGGGCUACGAGGAUGUCUACUAUUAUGCCUCAGAGCAUUUUCGAAAUGAGAGUCCCUACACAAAGUCUGCAAACCAGGCAAAGCCACCUGAUGGAGCACUGUCUGUGAGGAGACAGAGUAUUCCAGAGGAAUUCAAGGGCUCAACGAUAGUUGAAUUAAUGAAAAAAGAAGGCACCACCCUAGGGCUUACAGUAUCGGGUGGAAUUGACAAGGAUGGGAAACCAAGAGUAUCUAACCUUCGUCAAGGAGGAAUCGCUGCUAGGAGUGACCAGCUGGAUGUAGGUGACUACAUCAAAUCUGUGAAUGGAAUCAACCUGACCAAAUUUCGCCAUGAUGAGAUCAUUAGCCUGCUCAAGAACGUUGGCGAGAGGGUUGUUUUAGAAGUGGAGUAUGAACUGCCUCCAGUCUCUGUACAAGGAUCAGGUCUCAUUUUUAGAACUGUGGAAGUUACUUUACAUAAAGAGGGAAACACUUUUGGAUUUGUGAUAAGAGGUGGAGCACAUGAUGACAGAAAUAAAUCUCGUCCUGUUGUAAUAACAUGUGUUAGACCUGGAGGGCCUGCUGACAGAGAGGGCACAAUCAAACCUGGGGACAGGCUGCUGAGUGUUGAUGGGAUCCGACUGCUGGGAACGACACAUGCUGAAGCCAUGAGUAUCCUCAAACAAUGCGGACAGGAGGCGACUCUGCUGGUUGAAUACGAUGUCUCAGUGAUGGAUUCAGUAGCAACAGCAUCUGGGCCACUGCUGGUUGAAGUUGCCAAAACUCCCGGUGCUGCUCUUGGGGUUGCACUAACUACCUCGAUGUGCUGCAACAAACAGGUCAUUGUCAUAGACAAAAUCAAAUCUGCAAGUAUUGCAGACAGAUGUGGUGCAUUACAUGUAGGAGACCAUAUUCUGGCCAUUGACGGCACCAGCAUGGAGUACUGUACGCUAGCAGAAGCAACGCAAUUUUUGGCUAACGCAGCGGAUAAUGUCAAACUUGAGAUCCUUCCUCACCACCAGACACGGCUAGCACUGAAAGGCCCAGAGCAUGUGAAGGUUCAAAGAAGCAACAGGCAACAUACCUGGGAUUCGUGUGCCAACAGCCACAGCAGCCUCCUCACCUACCACCAUUAUAACACCUACCACCCUGACCAUUGCAGGAUGCCAGCCUUGAAAUUCCAGAAAACGCCUCCUCAGAAAAGCCUUCCAGCUUUGGUGUCUUCAUCCUUCUCUCCUACCUCCAUGAGUGCAUACAGCCUGAGUUCCCUGAACAUGGGGACCUUACCUCGCAGCCUCUACUCCACCAGCCCACGUGGGACAAUGAUGAGGCGGAGGAUGAAAAAGAAGGACUUCAAAAGCUCCUUGUCUUUAGCCUCUAGCACUGUUGGUUUGGCUGGGCAGGUCGUCCAUACAGAAACCACAGAAGUAGUGCUGACAGCUGACCCCGUAGUAGGGUUUGGGAUACAGCUCCAGGGUAGCGUGUUUGCUACUGAGACCUUGUCUUCUCCACCCCUCAUUUCCUAUAUUGAGUCUGACAGUCCAGCGGAAAGGUGUGGGGUGCUGCAAAUAGGAGACAGAAUAGUGGCAAUAAACGGUAUCCCGACAGAAGACAGCACAUUUGAUGAGGCCAAUCAACUGCUGAGAGACUCCUCUAUCACCAACAAGGUCACUUUGGAAAUAGAAUUUGAUGUUGCAGAAUCAGUUAUACCAAGCAGUGGAACAUUUCAUGUAAAACUACCAAAGAAGCAUAAUGUGGAACUUGGCAUCACCAUAAGUUCUCCAUCCAGUAGAAAACCAGGAGACCCUCUGGUUAUUUCUGAUAUCAAGAAAGGAAGUGUUGCUCACAGAACUGGGACGCUCGAACUGGGUGAUAAAUUGCUUGCAAUAGAUAACAUUCGACUUGACAAUUGCUCAAUGGAAGAUGCUGUUCAGAUCCUUCAGCACUGUGAGGAUCUUGUAAAGUUAAAGAUCCGCAAAGAUGAAGAUAAUUCCGAUGAACAGGAGAGCUCUGGAGCAAUUAUUUAUACUGUUGAGCUCAAGCGCUAUGGUGGGCCUCUUGGAAUUACAAUCUCUGGUACUGAAGAGCCCUUUGAUCCCAUAAUAAUUUCCAGCCUUACAAAAGGAGGAUUAGCUGAAAGGACUGGGGCAAUUCACAUAGGAGACAGAAUCCUAGCAAUAAAUAGUAGCAGUCUGAAAGGAAAACCUUUGAGUGAAGCCAUUCAUUUAUUACAGAUGGCAGGAGAAACUGUCACCUUGAAAAUCAAGAAGCAGACAGAUGGUGAGUAUGCUACCAGUCCCAAGAAAUUUUCUGUGGGUCACAUAAGUGAACUGAGUGAUGCUGAAGAUGAAACCUCUGCUGCACAGAAAUCUGGCAAACUCCCAGACAUCUAUUCCACUACAGUCCCAAGUGUUGACAGCGCAGUAGAGUCAUGGGAUGGCUCUGGUAUUGAUACCAGCUUUGGAAACCAAGGGCACAGCUAUCAGGCUUCAGGAUACAACUUCAAUGCCUAUGAAUGGAGGACUCCUAAACAGAGUAGUUUGUCCCCUCCAAGCAAACCACGAAACCACCCAUUUCAUGAUACAGGGCUGAGUGAUGAUGAAUGGGACCGACCUACAGCAAGCAGCUUCGCAGGUACCCAUGAUAACACCGAGGCUGACCAGGAGGAAAAUUUCUGGUCUCAGGCUCUGGAGGAUUUAGAGACCUGUGGCCAGUCAGGAAUUCUGAGGGAACUAGAGGACAAGGCUGACAGGCGUCUGUGUUUGAGAAACAUGACUCUCUUGGCCACAAUUAUGUCAGGAAGUACAAUGAGUUUGAAUCAUGAAAACCCACAGCCUCGUAGCCAGCUGGGAAGACAAGCCAGCUUCCAGGAAAGAAGUACUGUAAGGCCACAUUACAGUCAAGCUACUCGUAGCAACACAUUGCCAUCAGAUGUGGGGAGAAAGUCAAUGGUUCUGAGAAAAAUUAAGCAAGAAAUGAAAGAAAUCAUGUCACCAACUCCUGUGGAGUUACACAAGGUAACUUUGUACAAGGACUCUGAUGGAGAAGACUUUGGGUUCAGUGUCUCAGAUGGUUUAUUGGAAAAAGGAGUGUAUGUUAAAAAUAUUCGACCAGCUGGCCCUGGCGAUCUGGGAGGUUUAAAACCAUAUGACAGACUUUUACAGGUAAACCACGUUCGCACCAGAGACUUUGACUGCUGUCUAGUUGUGCCCCUCAUUGCAGAAUCUGGCAAUAAGCUGGAACUGGUUAUCAGCAGAAACCCACUGGCAUCUCAGAAAGGAAGCUCAGAACAACAGACUUCAGCGAGUGGGGAGUGGAGUGGUCAGAAUAAUGUCUUCCUUCAGAAGAGUGGACACGCUAAUGUUAAUACAGAGACACGGGAUCCUACAAAUACAUUAUAG